UUGCGGGCGAAAUUGCUAGCCGCGCUACGUAACGGCUGCCUUCGCCGUUCUAGUACCAGUAUUUUAUUUCUCUCAAACAAACCCAGAACACUGUCUUUACAAAAAUAGAUGGCCUAGGGCUACGUGUGGAUAUCAGAGGGCUGGCUGUUGCUAGUCAUUGUUCUUGUCUGGCGCUUUUACUAUCGUCAGGGUGAUUCUAAAAUGACCAUGCUAGCCGACUGUUCGUGUUAAUGGCGGAUUUGCUCAAGCCGGGUGAUGUUGUCAGACAGCGAUGGAAAAUUAUAAAGAAAAUUGGUGGUGGUGGUUUUGGGGAGAUAUACCGGGGCUUAGACCAGGUAACAAAGGACUAUGUCGCCAUCAAAUUGGAGUCAGUUCAUCAAUCCAAACAGGUCCUCAAGAUGGAAGUUGCUGUGCUCAAGAAACUUCAAGGAGUCGAUCAUAUUUGCAAGUUCAUCAGUUGUGGUAGGAAUGAGAGCUUCAACUACCUGGUCAUGUCCCUGCAAGGAUCCAACCUUGCUGAGUUGCGCCGUAGCCAGCCCAAAGGCGUGUUUUCCCAUAGCACCAUGCUGCGUCUUGGUACCCAGAUCCUAAAGUCUGUCAAGUCAAUUCAUGAGGCAGGCUUUCUCCACCGCGAUAUCAAACCUUCUAACUUUGCCAUGGGGAACACUCCAGAUACAGUGCACAUCUGCUACAUGCUGGACUUUGGCCUGUCUCGGCAGUUCACAAAGGCAAAUGGUGAAGUUAGACCACCCCGUAACACAGCAGGUUUUAGGGGAACAGUGAGAUAUGCUUCAAUCAAUGCCCAUGAAAACAAGGAGAUGGGUAGGCAUGAUGAUUUGUGGUCAUUUUUCUACCUCAUGGUGGAGUUCACAGUUGGGCAGCUCCCAUGGAGGAAAAUGAAAGACAAGGAACAAGUUGGAAAAAUGAAGAAGACGUAUGAUAUUGCCAAUCUUCUGAAGUCAAUGCCUGGAGAAUUCAAGCAGUUUGUUGACCACAUCUCCAAACUGAAAUAUGAAGACAAACCUGACUACAAGAUGUUGCUAGGUCUGUUAGAACAAAUCAUCAAAAGAAAAGGAAUCAAGGAAUCAGACCCAUAUGACUGGGAGACAACCCCAUGUGACUGCUCCCAAACCACCCACACAACAAGUACAGGUGUCAUGGCACAGAUCCAGACAACCGCACCAGAGAACCAUCCCACACAAGACCAAGACUUGAUAGAGGACAUAAGCGACCCAUUCAAGAAAGGCUCAAAGCAGGCAGGGCUCAAAUUAGCAGACACGAAAGGGAACAGUAAACUUGGGACAAAUGACAAAGGUGUUAUUCAGAAGAUCCGCGAAGUACUGGAUGCAGUGGAAAAAGAAAAUGGAAAGCUUGUCAAGGCUAAUGACCCCCAUAUCAAAGAGGAGAAAACAAAGAACGGUGACCCUAAAGGCCUGGAGACCCCUGCCAUCAUAUCAGCUAUCGUGAGAGAUGUCCAGGAAUCGGGCAUGACAAAAUCGGAGGGGAAAAACACAAGGUCCCCCGAAGAUGAGAAAGAAAACAGCAAUGUUAAUGAGAACAGGGCUGAAUCAGGAAACGUGCGCGAAAGUUCAACCAAUCUGGCAGGGCAGUCCCCCUGGGAAGAAACUCAGAAGACUCUUAUUCUCACCCCCUCGCCUUUGAACAUUACGAAGGAGGCAGUUGAUGGCGCUGUCAUAGUUUCAGCCCCAGAAAUUGUCGUUGUGUCCGCUCCAGAAGUCCCAGAAUGCAUUGUUCUGACCUCCUGGGUGGAUGACACCCUUCAGGACAGACCAGUGGUCAUGCCGAUGCCAGUUUUCCAUGGCGACGAGGGCACGCCGGAGCGAAUCAAGCACCUCGAGUUCAAGCCCAACCUGGAUAACCACCACUCGCUGUUGUCAUCUGAUAUGAACGAGUUGCUGCCUCCGGACCACGAAGAGGGCUAUCCUCACGCCACCUGGCGACGUGCCUUGAGCUUUGAGCACCUCACUGCUGGUGACUCCCCCGCGGCUAAAGAAAACACUCUCCAGACCUCGACCUCCACGCCCGACCUCAACGUGAAUCUAGACCUGUACCGUGUUCCCACUGUGCUGGAACAGAUGGAAAACGAACCGCCCGCCCUGAGCGCACGCAACGUCCAGGUGCACGGCAGCCAGGAGGUCAAAGAGUAUAAACUCGAUUCGGCAGAAUUCGCAUCCGAGAAGUCGUCCACACAUUCCCAUCACGCCAUCCGCGUGGCCGAGUCUAACCACGUGACGGCUACCACGUUGAAUGACGUGCAAUUUGAAGACGGUCGUGGGAUAUUCUACAUCUCAGAGCAUUCAGACCAGACACCUGGUGAAAUGUACGAAUCUAGCUCUGAGGACACAAAGAGCGAGAUGCAGGACGUGCGAGGCCAUUUGACCAGCGACGAGGACUUUCCUACACACUCAAAGCUCCCGCUGGAUGAAUUAUCCAUCGACCCUGAUCCGAUGGCAGCAAGAGGAGCGCAUCAAGUGUGCAUGGAUAAAGAUCAUGGCUUAGAAUUAAAUGGAGUGUGUGAACAAGACGACGAAUUCGAUGAUGAUCAGUUUCAAAUUAAAAUUGGUGAAUCUUUUGAAAUUCCGGAUAGAGACCCUUUUAAUUUAAACUUAGAUGUAGAGACGCCUCGCGCAGCUGAAUAUCAUGCACCAUUUACUGAACACAAGGAUGACCCAGACGCGAAUGCUGAUGGAGUCGAUCCUAACAUGAGCCCGGACGAUUCGGACUCAGAAGGGUUCUUCAUGCGGGACCGUGCAAGCACCCUAACGGAUCAGGGAGGUGUUUGCGACGAUAGGGACGAUUACUCAGCAACACCGGUAGUUCCCUCGCUCGGCCAGGGCGACUACAUUGAUGAUUCCCCCGAGGUACAAUGCCGGGUCCCAGCUCUGACGGAGCUUGAGGAUGUGGCGGAGGAAGAGGACGAGGAAGAGGAGGAGGAGGAGGAGGAGGUAGCUGGGGCCCGCUCCCUUAGUCCACCUGAUUACUAUGACGAGAACUCUUCUGAGUCCAAAUGUCGUGUACCGACACUUUUCGAGUUGGAGGCGGGAGGUGGCGGGACGGUACAGGAGGCGUGCACUAGCCGAGAUAUCCUUGCCGGUCGAAGGUACUCCGGGGAAUAUAGCAGCGGUGAGGAGGAGGGUAACAUGAAGGCUGACACCGGGAUCCGCCCAAAACCGCCCCCGGGACGGGCAGGCAGGGGUCGCUGCGUUUCCGCCAGGCUGAGACGUUACAAACACAAGAAACAUGGCGGCCUAGGAUUCAUCCAGCCUCUGGUAGCACUCAGCGAUAAACCAGUCAUCAUCUAACGGGUCUACAACGCUGUUGUUCAUAAUAAUUAACGUGAUCGCACCAAUCGAUUCCAACCCACUCCGCCCGUUAUUAUGAAAAGUCAAACCUGGGGGCAAGAGGGGGUAAGGGGUUAUCUAAGUGUGCGAACUCCGAGAACUUUGAUCCGCGCUAGAUUAUAGGCAAAGCUAGGGACAAUUCUUAUUCUUAAAGCACUGCGUGUGUAUCUGGAGUUGGCGGCGGCCUUGUAGUACGCCAAGAUCCGCAAUGUUUCAAAUAAAAGUUAGUAUCGGCGUGUUGAGGUCAUUCGGGACUCGACAAAUAGUGCGUUCAUGAUUACAAUACUUAUAAUAUCAAUAUAGUGCUUGCAGCGUUUGUUGUGUGGCUUUGAGGUAAAAAGGCUCAUUCAUUUUUACGUCGUAGUUUAGCACACAGGCCAGUCAACGCUGUUCAAGAAUGUGUAUUUACAAUAUCUCUGCACAGGUAUAUCUUAUCACUAAGGUUCCUAGAAGGGAGAUAAUUCCGCCGACCAAAAGAGAAAGGAUUGCGUAGCUCUUUUGUCCAUAAGUCUAUUUUGUUGCGUCUAGACUUGCUGUUGGGUCAACUUGUACGCUAAUUGAUAUCACUCUAGUAAAUAGACGACCCUCAUGCUGACCUUGCUGGCUUGUACCUCUAGCACCUUGACAAAGCGCUGCACGGCAUGUUGCUAGUCACCAGCUCCAGAUACAGGCGUAGUACGAAUGUUUUUAUUAUGAAUAAGGUAUAUAAAUAUUUAAUCCACGAUUUUCAAAGAAUAAAUUGAAUAAAGUUGCCAAACCUA